AUGAGUGAGACGGCUCACCCCCUCAAGUUUCGCCCGACAUUGCGUACUCCCACCAAUUUCUUUCUCUAUUCUAUUGAAGGCUCUGUACAGAGUACUUUGCCUCAGUUUCAAACUGUUUUUCGUACAACAUCUGGCGAGUCGAUUUGUGCCAAUGCUAAGUGUGGCAGACCGCCACAAGGAUUACGCGCUGUUGACUUCGUUAUCAGAAUUGCUUUACCAGUAGGAAAAAAAGCCAAAGCACAACGCGUUGCACCCACACAAGCCACCAUAUACCUUCGCACAACCUACACCCCAACUCACCUACAAGUCACCCCACGUGUGGGCCAUCAAUUCCGGAUACGCUAUGUAGUCAGGAUGUGGCCAAUUUCCACUAAACAAAGACCAAAGCUGGUAAGUAGAACAUGCCAGCACCCAUUGAGGCAUGAGCAAGGACAAUUUGAUGUAUUAAACAUCAUUGUAGAAGUAGGAAGGAUGCUCAAAGGAUGA